CCCCUCCCGCCCAUUCUCUCUGCGGGGGCCCUGCGGACUCAGAGGUCCGGGCAGGCAUUUCUCACUCAGGGCCAGCGGUGCAGCCCUGUCAGGAGGGAAGGCAGAGCCAGAUGCCCUGCUGGCGGACCUGGAGUCCACCACCUCCCACAUCUCCAAACGGCCCGUGUUCCUGUCCGAGGAGACCCCCUACUCGUACCCAACUGGAAACCACACGUACCAGGAGAUUGCCGUGCCGCCCCCUGUCCCUCCACCCCCAUCCAGCGAGGCCCUCAAUGGCACGAUCCUCGACCCCCUAGACCAGUGGCAGCCCAGCGGCUCCCGAUUCAUCCACCAGCAGCCUCAGUCCCCGUCACCUGUGUACGGCUCCAGUGCCAAAACUUCCAGUGCCUCCAACCCUCAGGACGGCUCUCCGGGUUCCCGAGCGGGCGAGGAGGAGCACGUCUACAGCUUCCCCAACAAGCAGAAAUCGGCUGAACCUUCACCCACCGUAAUGAGCUCCUCCCUGGGCAGCAACCUUUCUGAACUCGACCGCCUGCUGCUGGAACUGAACGCCGUGCAGCACAACCCCCCAGGCUUCCCUGCAGAUGAGGCCAACUCAAGCCCCCCACUUCCCGGGGCCUUGAGCCCCCACUAUGGCGUCCCGGAGAAUAACAGCCCUGUGGGGGGCAAAGCCGGGCCCCUGACAAAAGAGAAGCCCAAGCGGAAUGGGGGCCGGGGCCUGGAGGACGUGCGGCCCAGCGUGGAGAGUCUCUUGGAUGAACUGGAGAGCUCUGUGCCCAGCCCCGUCCCCGCCAUCACUGUGAACCAGGGCGAGAUGGGCAGCCCUCAGCGAGUCUCCAGCCAGCAGCAGACACGCAUCUCGGCCUCCUCUGCCACCAGGGAGCUGGACGAGCUGAUGGCUUCACUGUCGGAUUUUAAGACCAGCUCCUCCACCGUGACGCUGGGCUCCCCGGGGCUGCUGCCCAGCUCUGCUGCGUCCUCACACCACUCACUCUCUCCUUCUCCUCCUCCUCCUCCCCCUCCUCCCAUGCCGUCUGUAUUCCUGCCGUCCACCACUAAGCCCUCCCCUCGAGGCCAGGGCCACACCCCGAAGGCCACUUGUACCAAACAGAGGGGACAUGGCCUGCCACCUCCUGUGGCCCCCAGCUGGCUUGACUUGGCUGGGCUUGGGGAGACGCCUGACACCUGCAAUUCAAGGUCUCCCUCCGUGGAGGGUUCUCUGGGGCCAUGUGGUGCAGAGAGCCAGGCUUGCGAUGGCAGGCACCUGCCGAACCUCACGAGCGAGCUGUCUGGGGCUCCUCCCUGCCACACUCUACCCUGCGCUGGGAGCACACGUCCUCAGGAGCCUGGAGACCCCCGGGGGCCACCAGCCAAUCCUUUGUGCCCAGAGGAGGCCGUGACUGCCACAUGGGAGCAGCCAUGGGCUUUGGAGGCGUUCAGGCCUGAGACUCCCUGUGGAGCUGCUCGCAGCUUCCAAGAAGUCACUGAGCCAGUGGUCGUGGCUGUGGACCGUCAGGCCAUCUUGCCAGAUACCUGGAGUCUCACGGAGGAACGUGGCCAGCGGAAGGAGAGGGCAAGGCCAGAGGCAGGGAGGCUGGGAAGCUGCAGCCCUGUUCCAGUUAACAUGAAGCCCUUGGGUGGAGAGAUGUCUAAGAGGGGAAGCCUGACCAGGCCAACCCAGGGACCUGAGACCCCGAGGAGCCCAGAGGGCACCACCGAAGCCGCUACCAAGGCCAGGAAGGAACGGCCGGAGCUUCCCGAUGCCAUGGUCACGGGCACACCCAACGCCACGGAGAGGAUUGCCACCUCUGGCCAGAUCCGCUCCGAGAUCAGGAGCCAGGAGACGGGCCGUGCACACCCCAGGUCCCGGGAGCCCUCCCCUCGCCGCCGGCUGGACCCCGCCACCCUGAGCAGGACCCCGUCCCAGGAGCGGCUCAUCGCAGAGCUGCAGGGUCGGCUGGGCAUCCAGCUGGAGGCAGAGGAGGAGGAGGAGGCGGCAGGGACCUCUGCCCAGGACUGGCUGACCGAGGGCGUCGUCAUCACUGUGCAGCCGUGCAGGAAGCGGGCCGGGGGGCAGCUUAUAGAGAAGGUUGUCUUCCCUCCUGGCUCUCCCAUUCCCCUGAGAAGAACCAUCUCUGUCCUGGCUUCUCCUCCUUCUGUCCCUUUACUCCAGCAUCGCAAAGACGCCUCGGCCAGCAGCUCUUCUCCCCUGCCCAGCCUGCCUGCCCCCUCGCCCCCGGGGCCCUCAGCUUGUGCCCGUGGUUCUCCUGGGGUCCCGAGUGGGGGGGAAGAGCCCUGUGACGAGGACGUGCAGGGCCCCGCCCCUCCCACUCCUGCACCCCACACCGUGAGGUCUGUGGGCUGCCAGACGGACGAGGACCCGCUCUUCCCCCCGAUGCAGAUCCAGGGCCUGGAACAGAGAGCGGAGGGGGAGCUGUGCCGGGCGGACGGCGGGCAGAGCGGCCCCGGAGGGCAGGACGAGGGAGGGUUCAUGGCCCAGGGGAAGACAGGGAGCAGCUCACCACCUGGGGGGCCCCCAAAGCCCGGGAGCCAGCUAGACAGCAUGCUGGGGAGCUUGCAGUCCGACCUGAACAAGCUGGGCGUUGCCACGGUCGCCAAAGGGGUCUGUGGGGCCUGCAAGAAGCCCAUCGCCGGACAGGUCGUGACUGCCAUGGGGAAGACGUGGCACCCGGAGCACUUCGUCUGCACCCACUGCCAGGAGGAGAUCGGAUCCCGGAACUUCUUUGAGCGGGAUGGACAGCCCUACUGUGAAAAGGACUAUCACAACCUCUUCUCCCCGCGCUGCUACUACUGCAACGGCCCCAUCCUGGAUAAAGUGGUGACAGCUCUUGACCGGACGUGGCACCCUGAGCACUUCUUCUGUGCCCAGUGUGGAGCCUUCUUCGGUCCCGAAGGGUUCCACGAGAAAGACGGCAAGGCCUACUGCCGCAAGGAUUACUUUGACAUGUUCGCGCCCAAGUGCGGCGGCUGUGCCCGGGCCAUCCUGGAGAACUACAUUUCGGCCCUGAACACACUUUGGCAUCCCGAGUGCUUUGUGUGCCGGGAAUGCUUCACGCCAUUCGUCAACGGCAGCUUCUUCGAGCACGACGGGCAGCCCUACUGCGAGGUGCACUACCACGAGCGGCGUGGCUCGCUGUGCUCCGGCUGCCAGAAGCCCAUCACGGGCCGCUGCAUCACCGCCAUGGCCAAGAAGUUCCACCCGGAGCACUUCGUCUGUGCCUUCUGCCUCAAGCAGCUCAACAAGGGCACCUUCAAGGAGCAGAACGACAAGCCUUACUGUCAGAACUGCUUCCUCAAGCUCUUCUGCUAGGCACCCCACACCCCUCCUCCGCCCCCUUUCCCCAGCCAGCGUCCCCGACUGCUACUGUGACCCAGAGACCUCGCCGGGGGUGAAGGGGCAAACCCGGCUGAAACUGGAACCCUCGUCCUCAACUGGUGCAGGGUGGGAAGAGGCCGUGAGGGGUCCCGCCUGCUCGUCUCCACCCCUGCCUCUGGGCCUCCUCCCUUCCUCCUGCAGCUCACCCCGGGCUGCCCACUCUUCAUCCUCCCUGGGUGGGGAGAGGCAGGAGGACCCCACCCUUCCCCCUGUGUGUCCCCGUGAACUGGCCUGGCCCAGCCAGCACCCACACUGGAGCCAUCUCUUACUCGUCAUUUCAGCAGUGGAGCCGGGGGUGGGCGGGGGGGGGGAGGGCAGGCAGGGCCAGAUGGGGUCUCUUUUUAUCCUUAUUUGUCCCCCAACCUAACUGUCCCUGUUCUGAGAGUGCUGGGGGACACCUGGCUCCCUCCAGACAAUGCCAGCAUAAAUCCAUCCAUGCGUCCAAGGGGGGAAGAGUCCAAGGGGCCACAGAAGGUUCCCUGUGUUCCUUCUGCACUUGCAGCCUCCCCGGGCCUGGGCGACUGUCCCCCCCACCCCGAGCCCUCACCACAACCUCCCCUUUUUAUACCUGCCCGGGUUCUACUGAGAAAGGCCUCUCCAGCAAUAAGGUUUUCUAGUCACUUCCUCUGUCUCGGGGCUGGCGUGAGGUGGGGGUCCCACCCGUGCCUGGACACUGUACCGACUUUGAUAGAUUUCUACACUGAGGUUUGAAUUCAUACCGCUGAGUUGCUUUUACUUCUCUCUACAAAAUGAUUUUGAAGAGAUUUUAAAGAUGUCCCCUUUUGUACUCUUCUCCUUGUCUACCGCCACCGGGCCUGUCAGUGACGGCGGCCUUGGUAUGGAGUCUGCUUUGUACCGAGGGCUUGGGGUGGGGAAGUGAUUUGUAUUUUAUUUUUUCUUAGCACAAGCAGGUGAACGGGGAGCAGCUCUGUGACUCCCCUCCUUCCACUUCACAGCUCACCAGGACUGUUUUAUAAACUGCUGUAUUUUGAAACCCCUUCCUUACUGCCCAGGCCAGCAAGCUCUUCAGUGAAACUGGUCUGAGGGUGUCUUUGCCCUCAUGGGCCUAGGAUUCUGAACCUCAUCUGUCCUGCUCCUGGGGGAGAAGGGGAAGUACACUCUGGGGGCUGCUUCCUGUCUGGGUAAGCCGUCAGGAGCCUCUGCUCCCCUGUGGACUUCUUGGCAACAAAGAGAACCCACUGAACAUGCUCAGCCUCCUCGCCGCUUCUCUGGGGCUCUCUUCUGCCUUCUCAGGAAAGCUGGUGUCAGAUGGAGACCACAAGGGCUGUGAAAGUCUCUUUGGUCUUGUUGAUUCCACUGGGCAUAUCACUUCCCCACAUCUGCCCCCCUGUACAGGUGGGAUCAACACUCAGCAGGUCUGGAGAGAAGGCCCCAGGUGGUUGCAAGUUGCCCUGAUAGGAUUUUGAGCAGGCGACAGGACCCUGCUGGGGCAAUGGGAAGCCCCCAGAGCUCUCUGUCCCAAGGAUGAAACAGGAGCAGCCAGGCCCGAGGUUCCUGGUCUAGGGAAAGGAACCCCACAGGGGCCUAACGGGAGGAGGAUCCAGACUACCACAUUGGCCUCCUAGCAGAGGCUGAGAGUGCUGGGAUCUCAGAAGAGGGUCCCUGCUUUGGGGCCGGGGUCUGGGGAGGUCCGCCUGGCCCCUCUGGACCUCUGAUGUCUCCACUUCCACCCACAGGCCUUAUUGCUCUGUUUACAGCGACCCACCUCAGCCCCCUCCCCAAGAGGGACUGGGGUUUCUGGGGUCCACCGUCUGGGUCAAUGGUUAUUUGAUAAUUUGAUUUUGAUUAUUUUUUUCUCUGUAAACUUCUGGCUUUGCCCAUUUCAAUUCCUGUGAUUUAUGCCAAUAAAGUUUGCCAUUAUUUUCA